GUAAACUACGUUACCCGUCGGCACUGUAGCUUCAGGUGGAGCGUUCGAGCAGAACUGUCGAAACGCGUUUAAAACGUUAACGCCAGUAAAAUUGGAAACGCUGUUUGUGUCAGGAAUAUAUUGCAGUUUUGUAACAUUCGUAUAGAAUUAAGUUCAAACUAGAUAACCAAAGUUUGCUUAUUGUUGAACUAUGGCAUGGCAUGUUGACGUUGGAUUUUUCUGCUAUCUAUUACCUUGUUUCCCUCCUCCGCCAUUAUGUUUUCUAAGUGGAGUUGAGAGAGCGGAGCUAGCUAAUCAGCUAGUUUAGCCUUCAGGCUGCGGACUGUUUUGGAAGGGAGGUGCGAUGGAUGGAUGCUUUGCCCCGCAACGUUUAAAUUUGUUUAAACAGAAUGCGCCGACAAAAUUUACCCAUUGAUAUACUCCGCGCAAUUGCGGAUAGCUGCUAAUUCACAACGUUAAUAAAUGAUACAGGAGCACAUUUUUUCUUUAUAGUUAGAAGAUUAACGCUAGCUGAGGCUGUUUAAGUGGCUAACGUUACACAGCUAGCAGCUCCUCCUUGCUGUCUACCAUCGCAUUCUUGUGUCUUCUGCCCCAGGAAUGUUCUCCAAAAAGCCUCAUGGGGACGUUAAAAAAUCAACACAGAAAGUGUUGGACCCAAAGAAGGACGUGUUGACGAGGCUAAAACAUCUCAGAAUAGUCAUAGAAAAUGCAGAGCCUUCAGAGCUGAAACAGUUCUUUGACCUGAACUACUCCCAUAUCUACUAUGUCUUCUUUGAGAACUUUGUCAUCAUUGAGGUCAGCCUCAAGCAAAAAGGUCACAAGUCUCAGAGGGAGGAGCUGGACUCCAUUCUCUUCAUCUUUGAGAAAAUUCUCCAGCUUUUGCCCGAGAGAAUCCAGAGCCGAUGGCAGUUCCACAGCAUUGGGCUGAUCCUUAAAAAGCUGUUGCACACUGGGAAUUCUCUGAAGAUCCGUCGUGAAGGUGUGCGCUUGUUCUUGCUAUGGAUGCAGGCAUUACAGAGUAAUGCGGAGCGUGAGCAGCUCUGCAUGUUUGCCUGUUUGAUUCCUGGCUUCCCAGCUCCACUCUGCCAUGGGACCCCACGCACCCUGGACACUCUGAUCAACCCACCGCUGAGUUUAACAGAGACUCAGGUUACCCCAGAAGAGAUCACGCCAUUGGUUCCUCCCCAGUCAGGGGACAAGAACCAGGAAGACCUUACUGCUUACUUUUUAGAAGCGCUACUCAAAUACAUGGUAAACCAGGCCAAGUCUCUUGAGUGGCGUUGUAAAGAGAACCAUGAACGUGGCUUCAGCUUCCUCUUUGGUCACUUCAGGAAGUUUUACCUUCCUCACAUCUUUCCCAACUUCGCCAUGGAAACCAGCCUCUACAACCCAAUACUGGACGUGCCUCCGAUGCGUCCUAAGCCCUACUACAGCGUGGUGCGCAGGGAACAAGACGGUGGAGAAACAGUGUACUGCACCAAGGAGAGCUUCCUUCAAGCCCGAGUCAUCUUCAUCCGCUGGCUGGUUUCCUUCUGGCUCGAGCCACGGCCCAACACACACACAAACAUCCCAGGAACAGAGGGAGAGAACAUCCCCAAGAACAUACAGCGAGCGGCAGCCGGACUGGCAGCUCGCUCUGCAGGCAGCUCAGAUGACAGCGGUGGAGGUGGGAUUCGGUCCGACAGCCACCUUGAAGGUAGCGGGUGCUCAUCUGGAUCCGGCGGAGGUGGCAUUGGGCUAUCUGGGGGUCCAGGGUCUGGGGGUGAGCCUGAACAAAGCCACUCCAACACAUCCACGCUGACAGAGAGGGAGCCCAGCUCCUCCUCACUCUGCUCCAUGGAUGAAGAGCAGCUAACGGACAUGGAGGUGGUGAGGAGAGUACUGACCAGCUCCAGAACCAACGUCAACUUCAUCACUGAGAUCUUUAGACAGGCAUUUCUCCUUCCCAUGUGUGAAGCUGCAGCGAUGCGUAAAGUGGUCCGUGUUUACCAGGAGUGGAUCGCCAUGGAGGACCGGCCAGUGUUUAUGAAGGAGCCAGAGGAGGGCCCCUAUCCCACAACCAUCAGCCUGGAUUCAGGCUCUCAGAUGGGAGACAAGGAGGAUGAGGGAAUAAAUAAGGCGGUUGACAGUGAAUUGCUGGAGUACAGCGUUCACGCUGGAGUUCAGACGACACUACAGGUAUUUAUCACCCACUCCUCCAACGUUUUCCUAUUGGAGCCAGCCAACGAUAUCAAGAUCCUUUUGGAGGAGCAUGUCGACAUGUGCAAGCGUGUCCUGAACAUCUACCGCAGCCUUGUUAUGCAUGAGACCAUGGACCAGAAAACAUGGGAGCAGGUGUUGCUGGUUCUGCUGAGGGUGACCGAGUCUGUGAUGAAAAGACCUCCAUCCAUCAUGCCCCCUGGCAAAAAGAACAACACACUAUCAGGCAGACUGGCUGGACCUAUCUUUCAGACGCUGAUAGUAGCCUGGAUUAAGGGAAAUUUAAACGUCUACAUCAGCAGAGAACUGUGGGACGACCUCCUCUCCGUACUCUCCUCCCUUACCUGCUGGGAUGAACUGGUCACUGAGUGGUCACUCACCAUGGAGACCCUCACCAAGGUGUUGGCCAGGAACCUGUACAGUGUUGAUCUGAAUGAGCUGCCUCUGGACAAACUCAGUGAGCAAAAACAGAAGAAACAUAAAGGAAAAGGUAUAGGUUCGGAGGGCCAGCGGCAGAUUGUGGAUCGUUCCUUCUCUAAAGGCUGGAGCAGAGACCAACCAGGCCAGGCAGCAGCCAUGAGGCAGCGAAGCGCCACCACCGCUGGCUCCCCAGGCAUCGAAAAGGCUAGGAGUAUUGUUCGCCAGAAGACUGUAGCCCUGCGUAGCUGCUCUACGGGGGACUCUCUGCUGUCCUCAGCCUUUAUCCGCAGUGCUAAGAGUGCUCCUGCUCUGGCUCCGCCUCUUCCUGUCCUCCUCCACCACCACCACCCUUUACUACCCCCCCUUGCCGACCAGCUGGCAGACCUUGAGGACCCGCCAAUCACACUGACAUCCCGCACCUCUCGGAUGCGCCACUCUUCCCAGAGCGAGGAGGCCCCUCCCACCUCCUGUUCUGAGGUCUUCCAGGGAGGGGCUUGUGACCUGGAUGCCCAUGCCCCUUCCUCCCUCGCAAGGAGCAGCAGUGCCUCUGACAUCAUGGAGCCUUUCAUCGUUGAGCGGGUCAAAGGUGAAGACCCGCAGAGGGAUACCACUUCGAUCCCGAACCCCCCCCACCACCACUCCACAACUUCUUCCUUACUUGCAGCCAACAACCACACAGCUCACCCACUCCCACACCCCCUCACCUCCCCCUCUCCCACCCCUUUCACCUUCUCCAAUGGUGUUGUUUCCUCUGAGAGACAAGAUGAUGGUAAUGUUUAUGACCAGUUCUGGCACCAGAUUGGCUCUCGAAGCCGACUUUCUAGUACGGAUUGGGUAAGCGACUGGGAUUCUGCCUUUACCUUUUCACCUGAAAAGGAAAUUGAUGUAGAGGAGGGUGAAAUGGGGGCUGGGGUAGAGGAGGAGGAUUUAUUCUCCUCUAUCAGGGACUACCUCACUAACAAAGGAAGUGAAAGGAAGAAGGAGACAGGAGAGAGAGAUGGUCCUGCUCAUGUACUAGAAAACAGCGUUGUAACUUUACCUGUGCAAACGGCAGUUGCUAGAACACAAAUGGAAUACACAGGACAGGCAGGAGAGGCAAGACAGGUGGUGAGAGACUACAGGCAGACUUGUAAAGAGGACAGACCGGUAAGUAAAUCAGUGAGACAUAGCAGUGUGGAUUCAACAGAGGAGAAUGAAGCAGAGCAGCGAAGCAUCUAUGAGUGCCUGGAGUUGCAGUGUCAGUGGCCCUCACCCAAUGCUAAGGGGCCUGCUAGCUUAGAAAGACACAGUGGGGAGAAAAAGGAAGAAGGGAAUGCAGGAAAGGCAGAAGGAUGGGAAGGGAAAUGUGAUGGAUGGAGGGAAAUGGCAGAAGAGAAACAGGGUGAUAAAGAUGCAGCAGCAAACGAGAGGUCCAUUUUAAUUAGACAAGACACUAACGCAGUAGAAUCUAGCACUGAAUUAAAUCAAACGUCAGACCCAACUAAAGCCAAGAUGUCCCGUAUCAGCACCAAAAGGCACCAUUCUGGGGGUGUUCAUGUCAGCUUCCGGCCCUCGACUGAGUCAGUACAGUUCCACAACCCCCUUGAGAGUAAAGAGGCCCACUGGAAAGCCAGGCUGCGCCGCCUCAGUCACUUCCACACACACAGCCACUCAGCUGGGGAGAGGCCUGGAGCUGGAGCAGGGUCAGGGGCAAAGCUGGGCACAGGAGGUGCAGGUAAGUUUGGCUCUGUGGCCUCUGGGACUGUUACUGAUUACAGCGGUGCAGGGAAUGCAGCAAUUGCUGAAGACCUGGAAAACAGCGCUGGGACCGGAGGGGACAAGGACAAGCAACAUCCCGGAUCCUGUGUGGGAUCCAACCUGGGCUCUGAGGCUCACUCAGAGGGGUUAUCAAGCAGUUCCGGUUUCACUGGCGGGUCGUCAGGUGUGCGUGGCCGAUUGGGACGUUCUGCCUUGCGAUCUCGAGCCUCCCGCUCACGGUCCCAGGAGCCUGGCAGCUCUGCCUCACGCCACCACCAGGGGGCUCUUCUUGGUGGCGUCUAUAAGACUGUUGUUCACGCUCUGUCUUCGAAGCCACGGCCCCGAGGUCAGGGGUCAUCCCAAGGCUCAUCGCCACAGCGGCAGGGCCGGGCCGCCAUGGGUGACGCAUCGCUCAGAGACCUCUACUCCCAUGUCCUGGGCUACUUUGGGCGAAAGACGACAACGCCAGCUAACAAAGAGGAGGUGGUCCAGAAAGCUCGUCCAGUCUCCAGUGACGUAGGAAGCACCAACCCAAACUUCUCUGACCUCAUGGAUGAGUUUAUCCAGGAGAGACUGAGGGCCAAAGGAACAGCGGGCCGUCGUGGCAGCAGCCCGGGAAGUCUGGAGGUUCCCAGGGACCUGCCGGAGCUCCUGGAGGCAGGUCAGAGUCCUGGAUCACGACCCUCAGAUGAUCCCCGUCCUAUUGAUGAUCCGGGGGUUCCCUCAGAAUGGACGUCACCUGCAAGUGCCAGCGGUUCUGAUGUCAUCAGCUCAGACAGCCAGUCGGACUCCUUUAACGCCUUUCAGUACUCCAACUGUAAUUUUACUUUCAGUUCAGAACCAUGUGGAGGAGGUGCUGGGUCUGGGGGAGGAGGUCAAGGCAGCUCACUGGACCAAGACAGCCUGGGAGGGGGAGUGGCCUGUGAUGAACAUGAAGUAGCCAGUUUGACAACACUUCACAUCGACUCGGAGACCAGCAGCCUCAGCCACACUGUAACUGUUACUGGUUCUGAGAGUGCAUCUCCCAUGCAUUCCCUUGGGGGCUCUCGCUCCCAGACGCCUUCCCCUGCCACACUGACAGCAGAGCACGCUGAUCAUGCACACUCCCACUCACACACACACCUACAGCUGGACCAGAAGCUCCACAACUCUGUCCUGCAGACUCCAGACGACCUGGAAACCAGCGAGUUCCCCAGCGAGGACUGCAGUGUCAUGGCGGGUGGUUCUCUAACUGGAUGGCAUUCAGAUGUUGCCACGGUAAUGUGGCGGAGGAUGCUGGGUAUCCUGGGGGAUGUUAAUAGCAUCAAAGACCCAGAGAUCCAUGCUCAGGUCUUCGACUAUCUGUGUGAACUGUGGCAAAACCUGGCCAAGAUAAGAGAUAAUUUGGGCAUUUCUCUGGACAACCAGUCAUCUCCCCCGCCCCCUGUUCUGAUCCCACCCCUGAGGAUCCUCACUCCCUGGCUCUUUAAGGCCACCAUGUUGACAGAGCGUUACAAGCAGGGGAAACUUCAUGCCUACAAGCUGAUCUGCAGGAUCAUGAAGAGAAGGCAAGAUGUUUCCCCAAACUCAGACUUUCUCACACACUUCUACAACAUCAUGCACCAAGGACUGAUGCAUCAAGACCAGGACAUUGUGAACACCAUCAUAAAACACUGCAGUCCAAGGUUCUUCAGUAUUGGUCUACCUGGAGCCACCAUGUUGAUCCUGGAUUUCAUCAUUGCAGCUUCUAGAGUCACCGCCUGCUCAUCACUCAAUGCUCCAAGAGUGGAGGCCCAGAUCCUGCUGGGAUCUUUGGUGUGUUUUCCCAACUUGUAUGAGGAGCUUUCAGCCCUCCAUCCCACUACAGCCGACGUGGUGCUUACCAAGUUUCCUGACGUCAAGGAGCACAUUAUCAAAACCAUCCUGACCUCUGCCAGAGAUGAACCCUCUGCUCCUGCUCGGUGUGUGGCUCUGUGUAGUCUGGGUAUCUGGCUGUGCGAGGAGUUGGCUCAUGGGACUCAACAUUCACAGAUUAAAGAUGCUCUCAACGUCAUCUGUGUUACUCUGAAGUACUCCAAUAAGAAUGUAGCGCUGGUGGCGUCAGACAUCCUUCACCUCCUGAUCAGUCACGUAGAUCACCUUCAGACAUUCCCCCCUGACACUCCAAAGAAGAUCGUUGAGAUUUUAAUUGCCACCAUCACACACUUGCUGCCUACUACCGAGUCUUCUCCUCAUGAACUGGAUAAAAGGCUCGUAGUGUCCCUCCUGUUGUGUCUGUUGGACUGGGUGAUGGCUCUGCCUCCAAAGACUCUUCUUCAACCUGUUCAAACACGAAGCCCUCCAGAGAGGGACCAGCCUACCAAGACUCUGCUCAGCUGUAUUUAUAAGGUAUUACAUGGUUGCGUGUAUGGAGCCCAGUCUUUCAACAGUCCCAAGUAUUACCCGCUGCAGCUGUCGGACCUGUUGAGUGCAGACUAUGACCCGUUCCUGCCAUUAGAGAGCCUCCGAGAACCAGAACCACUGCACAGCCCGGACUCUGAACGCUCCAGCAAACUGCAGCCUGUCACUGAAGUUCGUAGCCGUAUUCAGCAGGGCCUGGUUUCCAUCGCAGCGAGAACAGUUAUUACACACUUGGUGAACCAUCUAGGACAUUAUCCAAUGUCUGGAGGGCCUGCUACUCUGUCUAGUCAGGUGUGUGAAAACCAAGACAACCCGUUCUGUGAGAGUGCAGAUCUUGGGCCAGAGCUUUUCCAUUCACCAAACCUACAGUUUCUGGUUCUGAAUGGCUCCACACUACUCUCUGUGUAUCAGAUCCGCUCAGAGUCUGGUGUACCAGGAGGCGGAAUGACAGCUGGUUUGUCCUCUGCUCCUGCUUGCGUUCGUGUCAUCAUCCGAGAUGUAGCCGGAAAACACUCUUGGGACUCUGCUGUUCUCUACGGGCCUCCACCAUGUUCCCCAAACAGCCCGACACACGCAUUCAUGUCACACACACAAACACCUCACAGUGCGAAUCUUCAUUUACACACUCCACCAGGAGGUCCGCCGAAAAAGAUGGGAGUGAAUAGAGAAGACAGCGAAGAGGAGGGGCAGGAGGAGAGCGUGGCAGAGGAGGGGGGAAGAGGGAUGGAGGGUGAAAGGCAAGGGUUUCAGGAAGAGGGCGAUGAGGAAGGGGAGGAGAGGAAAGUCACUGAGGAGGGAAUGGGAGAUCAAAGAGGAGGUGAAGGAGAAGAGGAGGAGGAGGAGAGGAUAGAGCUUAGGAUGGAUGGGGAGGGGGUUCGAGGGGAGACAGGCUUGGAACAGCUUCUAGCUCCGCCCUUGGCUAAACGUUUGUGUCGGGAGGCGGUGCCAGCAUGGGACUCACUGAGGGAGGGAGACGAUUCACUGGAUGAAAUGCUGCAGUACCUGGGAUACUCGAGUCCUGAGUGUCUACAGAGAGCAGGCAUGCCGCUCAACAUCCCAGCCGCUCCUCCAGCGUGUGUUUCAGAAAAGCAGGAGAAUGAUGUGAUCAAUGCCAUACUGAAGCAGAGCGCUGCUGAAAGAGAGUUUGUCCUUCAUAGAGGUGAGGAGCUGAACAUGAGGGCAGUGCAGCAGACUGAACCAGAGACUGAGACGCCACAGUCAGCCUUCUACUACUGCAGACUACUGAUCAACAUACUGGGACUCAACUCCUGGGAGAAGAGGAGUAACUUUCAUUUGUUAAGGAAGAAUGAGAAGUUACUAAGGGAGCUGAAGAACCUGGACUCACGGCAGUGCCGUGAGACUCAUAAAAUAGCAGUAUUUUAUGUGGCUGAGGGCCAAGAGGACAAACACUCUAUACUAACCAACACAGCAGGCAGCCAGGCUUAUGAAGACUUUGUCUCUGGACUGGGCUGGGAGGUGGACCUCACUACUCACUGUGGCUUCAUGGGAGGUCUCCAGAGGAAUCGCAGCACAGGCCAGACUACGCCUUACUACGCCACCUCCACUACAGAGGUCAUCUACCACGUCUCCACCCGCAUGCCCCACGACCAGGACCACAACCUCACCAAGAAGCUAAGACACCUGGGUAAUGACGAGGUCCACAUUGUUUGGUCAGAACAUUCCAGAGACUACCGACGAGGGAUCAUCCCCACUGAGUUUGGAGACGUGCUAAUCAUCAUCUACCCCAUGAAGAACCACAAGUACUCCAUCCAUAUACUGAAAAAACCUGAGGUGCCAUUCUUUGGUCCACUGUUUGAUGGUGCCAUAGUGGACAUGAACAUUUUGCCGACCAUGGUCAGAGCCACAGCUAUCAAUGCCAGUCGAGCUCUCAAAUCCCUCAUCCCCCUAUACCAGAACUUCUAUGAGGAGCGAGCCCGAUACCUAGAAACCAUCGUACAGCACCACCAGGAGCCGACCACAUUUGAAGAUUACGCAGCUCGAGUCUACAGUCCAGCUCCUUGCACACACCUGCCUGCUGACACAGGCUCCUGCCUAGAGAUUCUGCGGGCAGAAAGUCCGGCACUUGGGGAGGCCGGGAGCGACUCGGCGUCCCCCAUGUCUCCUCGGACUAGCAAGAGCCGCAUGUCCAUGAAGCUGCGACGCUCCUCUGGAUCAGCCAAUAAGACUUAAGAUCUCUAGAUUAUAUGGCCCAGUCCAAACUGAACAAGCAAUCAGACACUUAGUCUGUUUGGUCUACAACUGUGCUUAAUAGAAAAAAGAAAUGUAAACAUGACAAACCUUAACAUGAUUAGAAUGACUGUUUUGGGGACAUUCACAUAGAUAUUCAUUUCCAACAGGAAAACCAAUGGGUGGUGUUCUCAGUAAUGAUAGUAACCAUCAGGGGUGACUGUAGAAUUUGACUUAACCCUAAGCAUAAUUCUUUAUCACCUAGUUGUACUCUCAAAAACCCAUGUAAUAGCAUUUUGUAAACUGUAUUACACUGUAACUUUAUUUUGAAAAUGCUCACAGCUGCUGAAUUUAUCCUUGGCUUUGUUCUAUAAAACAACAACUCAGAAACUAGUUGAAUCAGUGCUGCUGCAUGCUGAUCUUUGCCACAGUAGAAACAGCAGAACAAGUGCAGCCUAAGCAGUACAGUAUUAGUUCAUAAUAAUCUGUGCCAUGUUAGAAAUUGCACAAACUCCAGUGUAACCGUAACUGCUAAAAAAAAAAAAAAAAAAAAAAAAAAAAAAAGCUUAACUGUGCCACAUUAUACGCCGUUCUUUUUGGAGAGCUCGUUGAGUGAGAUCAAACUGCAGAACAGAGAGAGGUUGAACGUUGCUUUGGGGAAUCUGUAUAUUUGUACUAUAGUCAGUCCAUGUGUGUACAGACAAAAUUCUGAGUUUUGAUAUAAAAAAAAGAGACUUCAGAAUGAUUGCACCUACAGUGUUGCAUGGAGAAAGCAAGAUAAAGGUAUAUUUUUGUUCUCAGUAUAUUAGGCCUAUAAACCUGAGGGCAGGGGUCAGUUUGGAGUUAGUCCUCGUAACAUGUAAAUAGAAAUUAAUUCAUUUGCUGACGAUAAAACAAAAACGUUGGUCGUGGAUGUGGCAACGCUCUCGAGCCAAAUAUUUUCUCGGUUUAAAUCCCCUCCUUGAACUGCUGGGGCUGAAAGCGGACCCUUUGAGUGAAGACAUAUGAGAAUCGGUGGUAAAGUAAUAACGAGGGAGGGAUUAUUUGUCUUUCAUAAAGGAGAGAAAUGGGCCUUCUAGAAAAUGAAUAACAGAAACUGAUCAAAGAGAAAGCACUUGUUGCAUAAAGUGUGGACUUUUUUUGUGAUCUUGUUGUAAAAUUUGGACAAGCACUGAAUGCAUUUAUUUUCCUUGUUUUUUUGUUUUUUUUAUUGACUGUAAAAUGUGUUUUGACCCGAACAAGAAUGUUGCUGUAUUUUUACGUUCAGUGUCACUCCGUCAUCUGAGGAGAAACCACAGCUUUUCUUUUUGUUCCUUUUAGCUAUAUAUAUAUAUUCUGUAUAUCUAUAUAUGUAUGAGUAUAAAUAUAUAGUAGAUAUAUAAUAUCUAUAGGGAUGUGUACAGUGUGAGGAUGAUUGCUGUGUAUAUACUGUUAUGUUACAAUAGCUGCCAAAGCCAAACUGUUUUCACUUCAUUCUUUAAAGGUCAUUUCAUUUUAGCUCAAGUACUUUUCUUUACUGUAUAUGCAUAACCUUAGUACCACAGCCAGAUUGGGCCCAGAGUCUUUUGUGGCAGGUUUGGCUGUUAUUGGUGAUUAAUGGUGGUGGAAGGAGGAAAAGCAAAGUGUGUGAAGGUGAGAUACUGUAGAGCUGAGGCCAAAGAGGGGGAGAAAGGAAAGAUGCGUCAACUUAUCAUCACUUAACAUGUAGAUAUGAAUGGUUUUUGUGCUGCUUAUUUUUUCUUUUUAAACUCCGCUCUCAUAUUUAGACUCAUCCCCAGUUCCAGUCCUGGAUGGAGGGGAUCCGCAUGUAAUCACAAUCCAGAAAAUGUAACACUACCAUUUAUGUAUUUAACUUCUUUGUUUCAGCACUCCCAUGAGUUUACCUCAACUCAAAUAAAACUGACAUGGUUUGAAAUUGGCUUACAUUGUUUAUGUACUUCAGGGUUUUCUUUAUAAAUGGUCUCAGCUGCGGUUAUCAGGAUUAAACGUUCUUCCAUUUAUGUUACAUGAUGGCUUGUUUGCUGCAUGUCUCCAUUCAUUUUUUUUCCCAUGGCCUGAUCCCCGGUAAAGAAAACAUACAUACAGAAAAGAUCUUUAUUUGAAAAUAUAGAUCUGAGUUAAAGGUUUUGCAUUAUGCUUCACUGCUUACAGUUUGUGUAUUCGCGACUGUAUAUUCUGUUACGGUUUUACUUUUUUUAUUUCAGCCAUAGAUUCUUUGUAGAAAGGAAAGGGAAUGUUAAACUUUGUUUCCCCCCCACACACCCCCCCGGCGUUGAAAUUGUUAAAGAUUUGUCGGUGUAAAAUGAGAUCAAAUUCAUGUUGUUACUUUGUGUGUGAAUAUUUGAAGUCCGAUGAGAUUUGAGUUGUCACUUUAAAUUAUUGCUGUUACAAUUAUUAUUAUUAUUAUAGCUGAGGUUGAAGCACCAUUGAUUGGGUUGUGACACAUGGUCUAUAGUAGCCCCCCACCUCCUGCACUCUGGGACUGAUCUGUACAUGCUGUAUGUAGAAUACAGCUAACCUGCGAGUCGCUGACUGCGUCUCCUAUUUGUUUGGUAACAUCCUGUAAACACUUUGACAACCUGAACCAGUUCAGGCUACAUCCUAAACUCUGUACCUUUUAUAAUCUUUGGAUAACAAAUAUCAUGAUGCUGCUUUUAUAUACAUAGUUCAUAUUUAAAUUACAGAUUGUAAGUACUCCUGAGGAUUGGUGGACUCAGAUGUUUGACUUUAGUUUAAAACCCUUAUAAGCAGCAACCAAAAUGUAUGAAGUUACCCAAAGAAUUGAUAUACCAAAUUCCCUGAGAACUGUCUGUCUGGAUAUUUUGACUCCGAUUGUUAAGGUUGAUGUAUUUGUCAGCCUUUUUGACCCAUCUGACAUCUUUGUUGUCUCUGCAUAUCAGCCGCAGAAAUGUCCCUUUAUAUAAAAUUUGGAACUUCUGUUCUCGAUGAAUGCUCUGAACGCGAGGCUUGUAAUGAAUGCAGGUUCACAAAGGUGAUGUAUGUAACUACUGACUGUACAUACUGCAUGAUGCCAGUUCAGUAAUAACUGCAUGUGUUGAUCAUGUAACAGCUGUAUCACAACACACACACACACACACAUGCACGCUCGCACACAUACUCCUCAAACUGUUACUGUCAGACCUGUUGUAUGUAAACGUGUAAUGUCUCUUUUGGACACAGAGAGUGUGAAUGUGUGAUGAUGGAAUUUGACAAUAAAUGAUUCGUACCACUUGA